UAGUAUUAGGAUAAUCUCCUGUUUCUUCUCUAUUCUUAACUACAACCUCAAUCCAGCUUCCUUUUUCCACUUCACUUAUACCAUCCUCCUUGCUGUUGCCAGAUGGAAUGCUCGAGGAUUUUGCCCUGCCUGUAUCUCUGCCCAAAAUGCUCUUCUCACAGUUUUCUGCUUGGCUAGCAUCCUUCCCUCUUCAGAUUUUCUGCUCAAAGGCCCCUUCUCAGAGGUGAUUAUACAAAGGAGCAUUUCUUUUUCACUCUAUAACUUACUUAUCCUGCAUUAUUUUACUUCAUAAUGGUAAUCCCUACAAAUCAUUUACAGAUUUAGUAACAGUCUGCUGACCCCUACCCCCAACACACAUAUCCUGGAAUAACAUUUAGGGCAAAGAUUGUUAAAAUUAAGUUUUACUUCUGUUUCCCGUGUCUUCAACAACACUUGGCAAAAAAGAGUUGGUCAAAAAUAUUUGUUGAAUGAACUAAACAAACUCUUGGGGAAUUUCUAGAGACAAAUGCCGCUUUGGGAAAAAGUUUGGGAUUAGAGGCAAGGAUGUCUAGUUGGUUUUAGCAUCAACAAGAAGGUAGAACAUUUGGGAUUCCAUGAAAUUUUCAGCUCUAGGGCACUAGAUCUAUAGAUAAUAUAUGGAAUUAAUUAAUUAAACAUGUUUAAAAUCUAAACAACAGCAUAUCUGUUAAGUAGUUGUUAACUGCUUAUGGCUAAGGUUGCGUUGCUCUUUUCUCUUUUCCAGUAGUUUCAUCGGUUACAUGGAACCAGGAAACCAAACACGUGUUUCAGAAUUCAUCCUUUUAGGGCUCUCAGAGGAGACGGAGAUGCAGCCCCUCCUCUUUGGGCUAUUUCUGUCCAUGUACCUGGUCACUUUCAUUGGGAACCUGCUCAUCAUUCUGGCCAUUAUCAUUGACUCCCACCUCCACACACCCAUGUACUUCUUCCUCUCCAACCUCUCCUUUGCAGACAUCUGUUUUAUUUCCUCCACAGUCCCAAAGAUGCUGCUGAACAUCCAGAUGCAGAACAAGGUUAUCACCUAUGAGGGCUGCAUCACCCAGAUGUAUUUUUUCAUGCUGUUUGGAGGAUUCGACAACUUCCUCUUGGCAGUGAUGGCGUAUGACCGGUUUGUGGCUAUCUGUCACCCCCUGCACUACACGGUCAUCAUGAACCCCAAGUUCUGUGGCCUCCUGCUUCUGAUAUCCUGGUUAUUGACUGUUAUGUACUCUCUAUUACAUAGCUUAAUGAUUUUACGACUGUCUUUUUGUACAGAGUUGGAAAUCCCCCACUUUUUCUGUGAACUUAAUCAGGUAGUCCAGCUUGCUUGUUCUGACAUCUUCCUCAAUGACUUAGCGAUGUAUCUUACAGCUGGGCUUGUGGGUGUUAUUCCACUCACUGUGAUCCUUUUCUCUUACACGAAGAUUGUGUUCUCCAUUAUGAGAAUUUCAUCUACUGGGGGCAAGUAUAAAGCUUUUACCACUUGUGGGUCUCACCUCUCAGUUGUCUCCUUGUUCUAUGGUACAGGCCUUGGAGUAUAUCUCAGUUCUGCUGCUACCCAAAACUCCAUGGCCAGUACAAUGGCCUCAGUGAUGUACACUGUGGCCACACCCAUGUUAAACCCCUUUAUAUACAGUCUUAGAAACAAGGACAUAAAGCAGGCUCUAAAAAAAGUUUUCAGCUGA